AUGGUGGACCUCUAUAACCCAUCCAAAGGAGAAUCCGCUCAGCAGGCAGAAGGCUCUACAAGCCAGGUGCUCGGCUCAGUGGCACCCAGUCGUGGCCACAGAAACUCUGUUGCUUUGGCCACUUCCCAGUUGAGCAGCCGCAGCCAGAAAGAUGCCCUCCGCCAUCGCAUAUUUCACUUGUCUGAGCUCUUGCGGGUGGAAAAGACCAACCGAGAUGACAAUACCUCAUGCUAUGUGGAGCUGGUGAGCAAGGCUGACCGGGAGAAGGCGCCCUCCAUCCGUCAGACCUUUGAACGUAUCAACCAGCGCUCCUCGGCUAAUAUUGCCCAUCUGGAACAGCGUCUGCAGGAUUGCUGGGGCCAGCUGAAGAAGUUAGAGCAGAGGGUUUUCACAACACAGGACAGCAGUGCCAGUACCAGCUCUACCCAGCCGCAGUUAUUCACCCCCAGUAACAGCUCCUCCCUGCAGGCAUCCUUUAAUAUAUCCCGGAUCCGCACUGGAGAAACUGUUGCUGUGGAAGAAGUCCACCUCCCUCCCCUUCCAGAGAGCCAGGAGAAUUGCCCAGACCCCGAGGCCAUCCGAAAGCAAUUCCUUGAGGAGGAGAGCAAGCAGAGGCUUCAGGAGUUGAAUGGCCAGCUGUUAGAGCUGAGAGAAGACCACAAGGCCCUGGAGGAUGAGUGGCACAAGCUGGAUGAGUCAUGGAAGGCGGACAAACAACAGAUGAUGGAACUCCUACAGGAGGAGAAGAGGAGGUACUAUCAUCUGGAAGUACAAGUGAAUGAUGUGAUACAGAUAAAUCUCAAUGAGAUCACCAAUGUCAAGCAAGACCUGGCCUGUACUGAGGAGAAGAUGGUCUACCAGUCUUACGAGAGGUCUCGGGACAUCUGGGAGGUGCUGGACUCCUACCAGACUCGACUGACCAAACUGGAAACGCAGCAGCAGACCCAGCAACAGGAGGCAAUGGAGCUGCCCCAAGCCAGUGUGUAUAAACUUUAUGGGCAGCUCAUGAAUCUCCUGCUGACCAUCGCUGCCAUCUUCUUGGUGUGCGUCUCCACCGUGUCAGCCUGUGCCCUUCCUCUUCUGCGGACUCGCUGGCGUGCCAUUGCCACGGUCCUUGUGGUCGCCGUUGCAACUGCUGUCUGGAACUACUUCCCUGAAAUUGCCCAGCUAGAAUGCUGGUUUACCCAUUACUAG